AUGUCGGGACGUCAAGGUGGAAAGGCUAAGCCUUUGAAGGCUCCAAAGAAGAAAACUCAGGACUUCGAUGACGAGGAUGUGGCUUUUAAGGCCAAGCAAAAGGCCGACGCUGCAGCUAAGAAGGCCAUGGCUGAGAAGGCCAAGAAGGGAGGUCCAAUGUUUGACGCCAACGUGGUGCGCCACGUCAAGCUGAUGAACAAGAACUUGUGUGCCAAUCUUAUCCGCCAUGAGUACAUAGUGACAGGCAGAACCAAGGCCAAAAGAGCACAAGCCAAAGCUGAACGGUUUUUGGCUAAAGCUUUACACGAAAACAGAAAGUUGCAAGACCAGCCAUUAGCUGAAAGAUUUUUGGCCAAUAAGGCUCUCAACUACUUGCAGCCUCCAGACAAGAGAGAGGUGGGUACUAAGGUGAUCGAGGAGUUGAGCAAGAGAUAUCCGGAUAGAACACAUGGAUUCACCAGAAUCAUCAAGUUGGAGCCCAGAUUGGGCGAGGAUAAGGCUCCAAUGUCAGUGUUAGAGUUGGUAGACACAGAAUUUGAGAUCAAGUUCUGGUACACGGCGAAGAUCGUUGCACGGUUGGAGUUGCAAAAGUUGCAAGUGGAUGCGUUGACGCAGCACAACGUUGAUAAGUUGACGCGGUACAGAGAGAAUGGCGAGCAGAGGUUCAGAGACGCUGUUGAGGAGGCAAAGACGGUUUUCUUCAAGGUGGACCCGGAAACCGGAGCCGUCACCAACCAGGAGGUAGAAAAGAACUUACAGAACUUGCCUCCACAGUUGAAGUUCCACAAGGGCAACACCACGUAUGGUGCAUCCAAGAAGCUUCCGGUGAAGCCUAGAGGGGCCAAGCCAGAGGGUGUAGUGCCCAAAUCGCCAUUUUUGGCUUAA